UUUAAUGCACCUGGGCAGCUCGGUCCUUUUGGAACGACACCGUGUGUUCUCUGUUCUCUGCAUCGUCUUCUUCCCGUCGAUGGAUUGCUCAUACUCAUCAUCAUCAUUACUAACUCAGUAAAAUGGGAAGCUUAAGCAACAACAAACCCAGUGGUAGACUCAUGGGACCCCAUCACAACCCUCCCUGCACCCGAACCCACCAGAUCACAGCCCUAGCCCUCGUCGCCGCCACCUUCUUCCUCACAAGACUCUUCGACCAGUACUCCCCCGCUCCUUGCAACCACUCCUCCGCCGCCUUCUCCACCGACGGCGGCGGCGGCUCAAUCUCGUGGCCCCACCGAGGGUAUGGGUCCCACCUCUCCCUCAAGAUCUACGUCUACGAUGAGCUCGAGAUCGACGGCCUCAUGCCCUUAUUGUACGGCCGCGACGGCAACAUCUCCCCCGACUCCUGCCUCAAAGGCCAGUGGGGCACUCAGGUUAAAAUACACAGGAUGCUUUUACAGUCGAGAUUUCGGACAAGAAAGAAAGAGGAAGCCGAUCUUUUCUUUGUUCCAAGUUAUGUUAAAUGUGUCCGAAUGAUGGGCGGUCUGAAUGAUAAAGAGAUCAACCAGACUUAUGUGAAGGUGUUAAGUCAAAUGCCAUAUUUCAGGCUAUCUGGUGGCCGCAACCACAUCUUUGUCUUCCCAAGUGGUGCUGGAGCUCACUUGUUUAGAUCUUGGGCUACGUACUUGAAUCGUUUAAUUCUUACUCCACAGGGGGACCGCACGGAUAAGCGAGAUACUAGUGCCUUCAAUACAUGGAAGGAUAUCAUCAUCCCUGGAAAUGUUGAUGAUGGGAUGACUGCUCAUUCGGAUAGGCUGGUCCAGCCUUUGCCUUUAUUUAAGAGGAAGUAUUUGGCAAACUUCUUUGGUCGAGCACAAGGAAAGGUUGGUCGUCUUCAAUUGGUAGAGCUUGCAAAGCAAUACCCAGAUAAGUUGGAAUCCCCAGAGUUGAAGUUCAGUGGCCCUAACAAAUUGGGAAAGAAAGAAUAUUUUGAACACCUCCGAAAUGCCAAGUUCUGCCUGGCCCCGCGUGGUGAGUCCUCAUGGACUCUUCGCUUUUAUGAAUCUUUCUUUGUGGAGUGUGUCCCAGUGAUCAUAUCAGAUUAUGCAGAGUUGCCUUUUCAGAAUGUUAUUGACUACACUCAGAUAUCAAUCAAAUGGCCGUGGAAUCGUAUAGGUUCUGAACUUUUGGAGUACCUAGAAUCAGUACCAGAUAGAGAUAUAGAGAGGAUGAUUGCCUAUGGAAGACAGGUGAGGUGCUUAUGGGUUUACGCUCCCGAAUUGGAGCCUUGCUCAGCAUUUAAUGGAAUUCUGUGGGAACUUCAGAGGAAAGUCAGGCAAUUUCACCAGUCAGCCGAAACUUUCUGGCUCCACAAUAGAUCUAUAGUAAAUAGAAACUUGGUUGAAUUCAGUCACUGGAAGCCUCCGAUGCCUUUGCCUUGAGCUCACUGGGGAGAUGAUCACUUACACUCACCAGCAUCGUCUACACAGAUAGAUAUGAUCAUUACUCGGUUGAUGCGUUUUCUGAGGUGGCAAAAUUUUUUUUUUUAAUGGCAAUUGGAUUUUAUGAUGCCACCUAGCCUUGUAUACAACUUUUGAUAGUGGAAUGUCGAAAAACGAUUCAAACCUCGAUUGAUUGGACAUGUGGCAAGGUUUGGUUUGGCAGUUACUCAGUCUUUCAUCCCCCCGGAAGAUCGAACAUCAAGGCAUAGUUGAUAACCUCCCCAUUUCAUCAUCAGUAGGAAAAACUGGAGGAGAAAGGACAUGGAUAUGGGUUUGAGGCACUAAUUGUUGUAUGUAGAGAGAGUUGAAGGAUUCUGUCUUGACAAAACCUAAAUGGGUAUUAUUGAGUAUCUUGUGACCUUGUUUACAUGAUAUUCCUGAAACAUUGUGAUACAUCAUCAUUUUUUGUCUUUUAAUUAUUCAACAAAA